UUCAAAUCAGGACCACCACGGGGACCACCGGUAGCGCCGCCGCAGAUUGAAUUCCGAAAUGGCGAAGGAGGAUGUGGAUGAACUCUUAUCUUCCUUGAUCUCAGAAAUCCACUCCUACACCGGCAAAGACCCUCUUCUUCCCUGGCUUCGCGCCAUCCGAAAGAUGAAGGACACUCUUCCUCCCAAAACCCUAAAGGAAAAACUCCCCCCGUUCUUGCAGAAAAUCGCCCACACCUUCGAGCUCGAUCGACGUUACAGAAACGACAUGCGCUAUCUUCGCGUUUGGCUCCACCUGAUGGAUUUUGUGGAGGAUCCGAGAGUGCUUUUGAGAACGAUGGAGGUGAAUUGCAUUGGCACAAAGCGUUGUCAAUUCUACCAAGCAUAUGCUCUUUACUACGAGAAGAGCAAGAAGUAUGAUGAGGCAGAGAAAAUGUACCAUCUCGGAGUGAAGAACCUUGCAGAGCCUCUUGACGACUUGCAGAAAUCAUAUGAACAGUUUCUUCAACGCAAGGAGCGAAGAAAUAAUAAGAGAAUCCAGCAUCAGGAAGGAAAAGUUGCCAGGAAGCCUCUGUCUUCAAAUACCUUCCCUUCUCUUGACAAAAAGACUGAGGGAAGCAAAAGCAAUGGAGCAUGCUGUGUUGAGGGUGUGCAAAAGGGACCCCAAAUUGAGAAUUAUGCAACUAAAAGUGAAGCUGAUGAUCAAAACGUAAGGACUAAGAAGGAUGAGUGCAAAAGAUUUCGUGGUGAUGAUACAGUUGUAGUUAAGUUUGUUGACACUGCCAUGGUAGGAAAGUCUGAAGCAGAAGAUGCAUGCCAUCAUGGAUUAGUGGAUCCUACAAUAAAUAUGAAGGAAGCCAUGAAUGCCAUAAACAGCAUGUUCCGGGAGCCAUUAGAGACUGUUCCAUUAGGCAGGAAAUCACUUAAAAACCAUUCAAAAGAAGUUCAUUGUACAAAGAACGAGUUUGAGGUUUUUGUUGAUGAAAACUUGGAUCAUGGAAUCAAACCAUCAGGUUCCUUGUCACUUCAGAACAGGACUGAAGCUAGCCAACCUCACCAAGAACCGUUCCAGAUAUAUAUUGAUGACGAAGAACAUUUGAAUACGAAUGAUGUGAAUGUGAAUUUGUCUGAAGGUUGUACUUCAUCAGCUUCACAACCAAAUGGCUUUGUUUUUCUUCGCCCCAAGGAUAUUCCUUCUGAAAAGUCUAGUAAAAUGGAUGCUGAAAGCUCUCGUAAUUCAAAGUUCAGAGAGGAUACAGUUGUUCGCAGAUUUGUUGGUUCCACCAUUUUGGAUGAACCAGAGGUGGAAAAUGUUUGCCACCAUGGAUUAGUAGACCCCACCAUCAACUUGAAGGAAGCUAUGGAUGACAUAAAUAACAUGUUCGGGAAGCCAAUAGAUUUUGUUAGGAAAAGAAGAUCCACCAAGAAGGAGAAAGCACCCCAAAGCAAUAGGGGAAAUGACUUUGGUGGGUUUUCAAUCCUUGCUGAUGAUGACCUCCCGGAACAAAAACUUCCACCACCACCAGCACCAAAAUUGCCAGGAAAGUCAAAGGAGUCUGAUUUGUUUGAGCCAACUCUCCUCACAAAGGAAGCCAUGGACGAUAUAAACAAGAUGUUUAACAUGCCUCUGAAUUUUUAGGUGAUUGCUGAGUGCCUAUUCUGAUUUCUGAUUUGUAAGCAGAAUUUGAUUGUGUGAGGUAUUCGAAUAAAAGGUUUCAGUUGUCCUU